GCGGGGGUUCGAAAAAAGAAAUAAAAUGUAAAAUGUGAAGUAAAACAUUGAUCUGACUCAUGAAUAUCAGUAUUGGUCGUACUAGCAACAUAUCAGGACAUCAUGAGACUACUGAAACCUGCGUGGGUCACGCAUGAUGGUAAACCAAUAUUUUCCAUUGACAUUCAUCCAGAUGGUUCAAGAUUUGCAACUGGGGGUCAAGGUGAUGAUUCAGGAAAAGUUGUAAUCUGGAAUUUUGAGCCUGUCAGAGAUGAAAAGGCAGAGAAAGAUGAAAAUGUUCCAAGGGUGCUUUGCCAAAUGAAUAAUCACCUAGCAUGUGUGAAUUGUGUGAGAUGGUCUAACAAUGGAAAAUCCCUUGCAUCGGGAGGAGAUGACAAAUUGAUUAUGAUUUGGCAGACUUCUAGAGCUGGUGUGGGGCCUUCCUUUGGCUCUGGCACACCCACUUAUGAACAAUGGAGACCAGCUGCAACUCUUAGGGGCCACACAGGGGAUGUCCUUGACCUAGCGUGGUCACCCAAUGACAGCUGGUUGGCCUCCUGUAGUAUUGAUAACUCCAUCAUUGUGUGGAAUGCAGACAAUUUCCCAGCUCAAGUUGUGGUUAUUAAGGGCCAUGAUGGUUUGGUGAAAGGAGUAACAUGGGACCCAGUGGGGAAAUACUUAGCAUCUCAGUCAGAUGACAAGAGUCUGAGAGUGUGGAGGACAAGGGACUGGAAAGAAGAAGCUAAGGUCACUGAACCAUUUAAUGAGUGUGGAGGAACCACCCAUGUUCUGCGUUGCCAUUGGUCACCAGACGGUGCUUAUAUAGUAUCAGCCCACGCAAUGAACAACUCAGGACCCACUGCCCAGAUUAUAGAAAGGGAAGGUUUCAAAACCUCUCUAGAUUUUGUUGGUCACAGAAAAGCAAUUACAGUUGUGAGGUUUAACCCAAACAUAUUUUCAAAGAAGAUGAAAAAGGGUAUUGAACAGUCACAACAGUACACUUGCUGUGCCAUCGGAAGCAAAGAUCGCUCCCUCUCUGUUUGGCUGACUGCUUUAAAAAGACCCCUGGUGGUAACCCAUGACCUUUUUGAAAAUACCAUACUGGAUAUUAGCUGGAGUAAGUCUGGCCUGGAACUGAUGGCGUGUUCUAGUGAUGGCACUGUAGCUUAUAUAGAAUUCAACAAGGAUGAAAUAGGAGACCCAAUGGCCCAGAAUGAUGUAGAGUUGUUUUUGGAGAAGAUCUACGGAAAAUGUAUGACCAAAAAUAAAUCUUCCACAAACGGCACCCAGAUCAUCGAGUCAGCGGCCCUACUGAAACUACAGCAACAGAAACGUGAGGAACUGCAGAAAAGAAUGACCGAGUCUGACGACAAGUGUAACCUUAGUCGGAUGUCAGACAGCUUAGGGAGUCCAUUCAAGCCCACAGACAAACAAAUAGAAACAAAAACAGCUGAUGGUCGUAGAAGGAUCACACCUAUUUUCUUGGCCCCACAGCUGGAUGUUAAUGUUGGAGAGGCUCCACUCCCAUUUAAAAGCCAAGGCAUCAAUUUCACCACCACCAAAGCGUCCAGUAAAAUUGUUGUGGAAAAGCAGGACAUUGUAACCUCGAAGAUGGUCUCGCCAUCCUCUCGAUCCAAUAUGUCCAGCUCCAACUUGUCAAACCAGGCAUUCCCCUCUGUGGGUGGGGAAGGGACCCCCAAGUCCUCUCAAGCUCCUCAAGCUGGUGGGGAUGUCACCCCAAAAUCAAACCAGGGUGCUGCCCCAACAACGCCAGGUGUGGAGAAAAUGGACGCUAGUCCCACUGCAGAAAAUGAUCCACCAUCAACGCCAAACAAAGUCAUCAAUGUUUCCAUUCAACCAAUGACAGCACUACAAUCAAAACCAAAAGUUAAGCACCAUUCCUCAGAAAAGAAAUCCUCAGAAAAGUCAGAGGUCAAGGACAAAUCCAUUGACAAGGACAAAGAGCCUGAUGUCAAGGACAAAUUGAAAACUCCAUCUGAUAAAGGUGAAAAAGAAAAGUCAAAGGAUCACAAAAUGUCAACAGGUCUGAAACGUAAACACCAUGGUGAAAAGAAAGAGGAGAGAAGAGGGCGACCUCGUAAAAUUGAUAAAGAGCGAUCUCUGAUGUCAACCCCUGUUACCCAUGUACACCACCCUCCUCCCCUAGUUGUGGACGGCCACUAUAAGGCAGCUGAGCCUGAGCUGGAGUUACACGUGCCCUCUACGCAGAAAUCAUUCACAAAAACGGUAGGAGGAAAAGAUAGCUCUUUGUCAGUGGAGGUAGAAAACAACAUCAGCAUGGGAGUUCACACUCUGAACAAGAUGAGGUGUGUUCAGGAAGGACUGGUUCUUUGGGAACAGGUCCUGAACACCCCUAUUCUGACAGUGGCAGGAUCCAGGAAUGUAGUGUGUGCCGCCUGUGAGGAUGGAUCGCUAAACAUGUUUUCCGUCACAGGUUCGCGUGUAUUCCCCAGUAUUAUGUUAGACUCCAGGGUUUCCAAGCUCCACAUCAAGGCCUUCCUUGUAAUGGUCAUCACGCAGAGAGCAUUUCUCUAUAUCUGGAAUGUGCAGCAUCAAUCAGUGGUUAUAAGAAAAGAGUCGUUGAAAACAAUCAUAUCAGGGAGUGAUGAUCUUCAGAAGUCUAUGUUGACAGAGGAAGGAAUACCUAUUAUCACAGUUCACAACAAAAAGUCCUACACAUUCUCCAAGGAAAUGGGCACAUGGAUGCUGCUCCAUAACAAGGGAGAUGCCCUUCAGCAGUGCUCAGACCACCACAGCUGUGCCCCACCUAGAGACUCCACCAAGAUCCAGGGACCACUCUCCUCUCUACAGACGUCACACGAAAGACUUGGUAUGCAGGCCAGCAGAAUUUUCAGUGCUGGGCAAUCACUACAACAGAGUUCUACCCUCAGCCAUAUUGAGUCUCAGCUGGCAGCAUGCCUUUUGCUCAAGUCUGCUCCGGAAUACAAGUUCUGGCUGCAGACGUACACAAGAUAUCUGUCUCAGGAAGGAUUAGAGUCGGAGUCGCGACACAUUUUCGAGUCUAAACUGCGAGAUGUCUGUGACGACCUGUUGGGGCCGGUUUACAAGACAAAGGGCAAGUCCUCCUGGGACCCACUCAUACUGGGCAUGGAUAAAAGAAGUCUACUUCAUGAGAUUUUACCUAGCAUUGGUUCCAAUUUAAAACUUCAAAGAAUGUUCACCGAAUACCACGAUCAACUGGAAUCCAUUGAAGACAGGUGAACUGGAAAAUGUUCAGUGACCAUUGGAGAACUAUAUGAAAGCAUUCCAUGUUUAAUAUGGAGCUCUUGGAAAAUAUUCCAGUCAUAGGAUUGAAGGAACAAGUUUUAAAAUGGCAAGCUUGUUGUGUCUUUAUGAUAUACAAUCAAUAUUUUUAUGUCACAAAUUCAUUCACAAUCAUGUUAAUAAGUGCAGCUGAAAAAAAAUAAAGAAAUGAUGUACUUGAAUAGAAAAUGAUCCAUUUUAGAUCAUGUGUAAAAUUGUUGUCAAAUAGAUAAGACAAAUUCUUGGUUGAAGAGAUUGAAUCAGUAAGAUGAGUAAAACUAUUCAUGUUGACAGCACAAUUGUAUUGUUAUAGCUAAAAAAAAUUACUUACUGCAAAAGUGCUAGAUUUUUAAUUGAUUUGAUACAAAUUUCUCAUAGUUAGAACCGUUUUAACAAGAGUUUGGACUUUCGAUGGGAUGUUUUUAUCUAGUUUGCUCAUCAAAACAAGCUGUCAAACAUCGACCACCUUUCUUCUAAUUCACAAGGAGAAGCUCAUUAAUAUUCAUAAACUGUCAAAACCUUUGCUCUGCUGUGUGAAACUGAUGCUGUUUCAGCAAAAUAUACAUCCCUAGAUGAAAUCAGACGAGAGUCAUUGCGUGUAAUGUAUGCAUAUCUGUUAGCCAAUGGCUGGACAGAUAACUAUUAGAAGACACCGUCUUCAUCAAAUCGGAGUUAAUCACGUACUGCCCAAAGUCCAAGCUCUUGUUAAAAUGGUUCUACAUGACUUAGUGCCAAUGAUGUUAGUGCUUACAUACCGGGUAUAUAAAGUACAUGUAUAUUAUGAUAAUCACCAAUUCUUGUCUCCCCAAACAAUUUGGAUUUUUAAAUGAUUUUUAGAGUAAUGAUUUUGGGCAAGACAUUGACCCUUUGUUUAUUAUGUGAAUGCAGCUACUAUUCUAACUACCAGGCAGCAUGCUAUUAAUUUCAAGAGUGAGAAAAGAAAAUACAUUACAUGUAUAUGAAAUAUAUUUAUAUUGAUAAGGGAAAGUUUUGCAAAAUUAUAUGGUAAACUAUGUUAAACUUUUACAAUUAAUUGUAGAAUAAUUCUAUUUUUUUUUAAACACUGUAGUACAAUUUAUGUACAUUUAUCUGUGUAAAACAUGUAGCAAGAAAGUAUAGAAGAGAAAUAAUCAAAACUUUUUAGCGAUUUAAAAACAGGAUUAGCAAAAUGUGUGCUCUAGUAUUUCAGGACACGGAGCUUUUCAAACAGGUAUAUCCAUGACGUGCUUCAGGACAAGCUAUUUUAAAGCAGAAGUUAGUAAUGGAGUAAAACUGUUGAAAAUAUCUUGACAAAGCAUUCCAGCAUUGGUUAAAUAUUUAAGAUAUACAGUAAAACACGGUUAUAGCAAACACGCUUAUAUUGAAUUGAGCGAAGGGAUUUUCAUUCACCGCAACUUUAUUUCAUGUUGUAAACUAGACAAAUAUAACGAAUUAUGCUUAUAAUGAAGCAAAAUCACCAUUCCCUGGCACUUCGUUAUAAAUGUGUUUUACUGUAUUCAGUAGACAAAUGAAAAAUGCACCUUUAUACUUAUGAUGUAAUGUGCAAGAAAAGAUGCAUAUAUAGAUCUGGCAGGGAAUAAUACUUUAUGCAAAUAUUGGUAACUUAUAUUAGUGAGAAUGAAAGUUGAAUUUUAUGUUGCUUUGUAGACACAAAACCAUUUACAUGUACAAGGACAUGUACAUCAAACCUUGAGAUUUUCAUUGCGUAUGUCAUUAAAUGACGAGAUGUCACAGUUAAUCAUGUUAUUGAAGUCUGUGUAAAACAGAAAUAGUUCUUGAAAUUUCAGGCUUUUCAGCCAUUUUGUAUAUUACAUAAUAUUAAAACAUGAUGCUGCAUUGAAAUGAAA